CUGCAACGACGUUGCGAGUUGCGACGACGGCUGUUUAGUGUGUCUGUCUGUCUGACUCAGGUUGUUGGUCCCCCGGUGUAAAGCAUAUUAUUUUUUGUCGUUAUUUUUGUCUAUCGUGGUGUUGCAAAACCGAAAUCUGGUGUUCUCGUAGAAGGUGCGCGACGAGAACUGUUUUGCCGGGAAGAAGGUGACACCUGAAACAACAGCUAGCAGUAAUGGAAAAUCCCGAGGAAGUUCUGCAGGCGCUCGACGAGUUCCAGAAGAUGCGGCCGACGGAGAUCCCGCGGGAACUCGAGGAGUACUUGUGCUGGGUGGCCAAGACCGGCGACCCAGUUUACCAGUGGUCGCUGAUCAAGGCGCUGUUCCGCGAGAAGCUCACCCGGGUGAUGACCGACUUCUACGAGAGCUGCCCCAGUCUCGACCUGGCGCCGUGUCCGAACGUCGAGACCUUCAACUACGACACGAUGAAGAGCAGCCUCCUGGAGCGCCUCGAGUCCUUCGCGAACGCGCCCUUCACGGUGCAGCGCAUCUGCGAGCUGCUCACCACGCCGCGCAAGGAGUACAACCGGGUCGACAAGUUCAUGCGCGCCAUCGAGAAGAACAUCCUCGUCGUGUCCACGAAGGAGCCGGGCUCGGCGGCCAGGCGCAACGAGAACGGCGACGGCCUCGUCAACGGCUCCAUGGAGGACGACGCGCCCGGCGCCGACGUCGAGAUGGACUCCUGGGUCAAGGACUGCGCCACCUCCGCGCAGGCCAUGGACGCCGAGGCCCGGCUCCUGGACGACGUCACCGCGACGGCAACGGCGACAGCGACGUCACCCACUGCGCCCCCCGUCGCCAACGGCGACAAGGCCAUCGACUUUGUCCCCUCGACGUCCGAGUUCUCGGGACCGAGCAUCGCCCGGGAGGUUCCCGACGCCAUCAUGAACGAGGACACCAGCUCGCAGCCCAGUCUCGACAUCGACAGUCCCGAGAGCGAGCCCGUCGACCCCGGCCGAAAACUACAGACCACCUUCCAGGCAAAGGAUUUCAUAACCCACGAGAAAUCACCAGAGCCUUAUGAAGAGGACACCAAAGUGACGGAACAAACUGAUGCAGAUCUAGAAGCGACCAAUGAAAUUCAAAGCUCUGUAGAAAGUAGUUCCGAAUCUUUGGAGGAAUGUGCAAAGUCGUCAGAGCUUAACGAGCGCGGAUCAAUUCUUCCAAAUAUAGAGAAUUUCCUGCACACAAGAUUAGAAAAUUCAGUGAUAACAUCGGAAGGUACACCGAGUCAGAAGUCGGAUUCGGAAAAUGAGGAGAGCACUUCGCCGAAAGAGGAGGAGGACGACGCUUCUCUCUUGCCGGAAGCCUUGGCGUGUCAGGAGCAAUCUUCAAGUAGCAAUUCCUCGGAAUCCUUUUCAGAAGAGAAUAAUAUUCCAAAGGACAAGGCGGAGGAAAUUCCCUCACCCAAGGAAGUUGAGAGUGAAGAAGUGCCCAUGAUUGCGGAAUCUGUCCAGGAGGAAGUUUCACAGGAAGUGAAACCGGAAGAAUCAUCGACUUCAGAUGAGGUGAAAGAGGAAGCUAAAGAGACGAUAGAAGAAGCGGUGGCGGAUCAGAAAAAUGAAGAAGAUUCGAAGCCGGAAGAGGAGGAAAAGACGGUGACUCCCGAAGAGUCGAUUUCCGAGAAGUGCGACGUGGACAGCGGAAGUCUCACGAUUGAGGAAACAACGGAAGACGAUUCUCCCUCUGAAACAAAAUCCAUUGUUCCGGAUCCUAUUCCAAUUGUCGAAGAACCCAAAGAAGAGGAAUUGCCCGCCAAGAGCGCCGAUAGUGAAACAUCGAUCGAGGAGAUCGAUUCGAGUCGAGAGGCCGACUUAUUACCAACAAACAUUGAUGAUUUGCCAAAGAAUGAGCCAACUAUCGAAAAUUUAGAAAAUAACGACGCAUCCGAGAAGCAAGUCGCAUCUUUAGAAGCGUGCGAAGAAACAAAGACUGACGUCUCAAUUUCCGACGAGAAAAUCCAAGUUCCAGAAUCACCGGUUGCCGAAACUGCUUCUGAGAAAGCGACAAAACCCGAGGAAUCAAUGGAAGUGGACGGCGAGGCGACUGCUGCUCUGGAUGAACCAAUGGAGGAGGAAACGCCCCAAGUCGCAAGUUAAUAAAUUCUUCAACUUUUUUUUAUUGCCACGAGAAAAUUAUCAGUUUUCAGAAAAAAAACAUAAAUGCGCAAAUGACUGCUAGAAAUUGUGAUCUCUAACUUGCGACUUCUAGACUUGCGAAUUCUAUUUCUUGUAAAAAGUAAAUACAGGGAUCAAACUUUGUGUAAUCAACUUAAAAAAAAUAGCUCAGUUAAUUUUCUCUGAUCCGCGGAAAAUUAACUGAUUUUACAAAGAUAAAUGAUGUAGAAACACUAAAAUCGAGUGGAGAACAUCACUGCCUGUUCCGAAAUAUAAGAUUGACUAGGUAAUUAAAAAAAAAUUUACAUCUAUUUUACGUUUAUCAUCACGACAUGGACAUUAAAACAUUCUUUUUCUCCAUUUCAUCAAAAAAAAAAAAAAAUUUCCAAAUUUCAAACAUUAUCGUCAUAACAUAAAAUGCAGCUUGUAUAAAAAAAAAUUGUAGUGAAAUAUUUAAAUUUCUUAAAAGCAUUGUGUAAUAAGUGCACUUUACCGUUUUUUUUGUAAAUUUAUUUUUAACAAAAAGUUAAUAAAAAAAAACUGUCCAAAGAAAUAAAACGAGAGCUUAAUUACAGCAGACAAGAAAGAAAGCAGUGUGUGCGUUUAAUUUUUCCAUUAAAAUUAAAAAAAUGUUGGUAAUUUUCAAUUACCAACCAAUUGGAAAGAAGAUUUCCCUUUAUUUUCUCCUCUUAUAGUCAGGGAAGAAUUUUUAUUUUUGUUUUGUUCUGUUUUUUUAAUGCAACUUUGUAUUUAUUGAAUUUUUUGUAAGAUAAUUUGUAAGUUGGUCUAAUGUCUUCAGUAUCUUGGAAAUUGUUAUCAGUUCAAUGUUUGAUUGAUCUUUAACCCUAUAAGGAAAUACGGAAAAAAUGUCUGUACUCAUUUUGUAAAUAAUUCAAAUAUCAGCAUUUUAGACGCAUAAAGAAAAUUUAUAUAUAAAUAUAUAAGAAGAAUUCUUGGCGAAUAAUGUGUAAACUAACUAAUUCCCUUUUCAAAGUUAAAUGUUUCUGAAAAAUGUGAUAGGAAUGAAAAUAGAAAUUAUCGAGAAAGAAAAAAAAUUGUAUUCUCUGCUUUAUGUUUAUUUUUUGUAUAUCUAUUAUUGAAUUUUUUCAAAGAGAAUAACCCGGUAGAGUCGACUAUAUAUAUAUAUAUUUUUUCAAACUUAAUUGUGUUACUGUAAUUGGAGUAAUAAUUAUUGACACAAGUUCCGUGAAUGCAGAAAAGCACAAUUUUCAAAGCUUUUAUCUACAUACGUAAAAGAAAUUGUAUUUAAUUUACAAGUUAAGAGCUAGACGCAGAUCUACCAAGUGAAGAUUAGGAGGUGAGACAUUUAAUUUAAGGAUUAACGGAGAUUGUAAACCAGUAAUUAUAUUAAUUAUUUAAGGUCACUGUGUAUAUUAUUUUAUAGUAAAAUACACAAAGAUAAUUAACAA